AGUUCGUUCUCUCCGUGUAUUAAUACAAAACUUAUUUAUUUAUUAUGACCAAUAGAAAUAAAUUCAUCAAUGUAUAAUUAAUAAUUAUACAGUGUUUUCACAAAUAUAUAAUUAAUAAUUAUGCAACGUUUUCUAUCGAUAGAAAUGUUUGUUGAUAAUGUCACAAAUAAAACACACCGUAAUGAAAAAUCGUUUGUGAUAACGUGAUAAGCUUGAUUGUAAACAAGUUGAUUGGCAAUGCUUUAUCUGGACCUAAAGUAAAUUGUUUUUGAAUAUCCACGAAAGUGAAUGUAACUGUCAAUAUCUGUAACUAUAUUUGUUUUUUAAUUUUCUAAACAGAACAAAAUAUACAAAUAUAACUCAAUUAAGCGAUAAUGGUGGAAGUAAUUUACUAUAUGUUAAAAUCUUGAGCCUGAGUUCCCAGUGAUCUUUUACAUCACAUAUUUUUCUUAUAAAUGAUAAUCUAGCGAUUUUAAUCUUAAAAUGUAGCCCAGAUGAAGUAUCAAGUGUUCUUCUUAUCUCUUCCAACGUAGCUUAUUUUGCAGUCUUAUAAUCAGAUUAUAAAUCCACUGCUCUUCCAGAGUAUAGGGCUUAGGCUCAUUAAAUUUUGUUUGACGGCAAGUAUCACUAGUUUAAUUUUGGAUUUAAAUCGACCAUACGAAUAAAAUUGUUUGCACAAUGCCUGGAGGCGGAAUCCUUGUUCUUGGGUUGCUUGCAUUACUUUCAACAACUCAAGUAACAGAAGCCUGGCACGAUGGAUCUGGACCAUGGGUCAUUGCUACUCAAGGAGAACCAUGGCCACUACCCAACCAGCGAGAAGUCAAUAACGUAAACUACCGCCUAGAACCAUCUUCCUUCAAUUUUCAGAUUGCUGGACAGACAUGCGACAUUCUUGUGGAUACCGUCAAGAGAUAUAAAGAUAUCCUUGUAAAGGAAUUUGAAGUGGCGCAAAAGCUUGCAUCGCAUAAACCUGACAAUGAGAAUACUAUUUACGAAGGAUUACUUUUGGGAUUGGAAAUACACUUGAAGCAGCCUUGUGAGAUGUAUCCACGUUUAUCAUCAAAUGAAACAUACACAUUAAGCGUACCUGGCAAAACUAACAAAAAAAUCGCGAUUUUGUCGGCCGAUUCCAUUUGGGGUAUCCUAAGAGGACUUGAAACUUUUUCGCAACUUGUUACUCAUUCCGAAAAUGAACCUGGACUCAUCAUGAAAGGACAAACAAUUGUCGACAGCCCUAGGUUACCGCACAGAGGUCUUCUCAUCGAUACUUCAAGACAUUACCUUCCAAUCGCAGAUAUUAAGCUUAUACUGGAUGCUAUGUCCUAUAACAAAUUGAACGUUCUUCAUUGGCAUAUCGUUGAUGACAAUAGUUUUCCUUACGAAAGUACUGUAUAUCCUGAACUUUCAGCCAAAGGCGCUUACCACCCUUCAAUGAUUUACACAGUCGAUGAUAUAACUGCUGUUAUUGAAUAUGCACGUUUUCGAGGAAUCCGCGUACUGCCGGAAUUCGACACACCUGGUCAUACUCAAUCUUGGGGCUUGUCUCAUCCAGAAUUUUUAACCCCAUGUUAUGAUGAGACGGGAAAACCUACUGGCAAAUUGGGCCCGAUGAAUCCAACCAAGCAACCACUCUACGGCUUCCUAAAAACGCUGUUUGGCGAAGUAACAGCAAGAUUCCCAGACAACUACAUUCAUCUCGGAGGUGACGAGGUACCGUACGACUGCUGGAAGAGUAAUCCCGAGAUAAAUAGGUUCAUGCAGAAAAAUAACAUUAGCACGAAGUACGCAAAACUUGAGGAGCUAUACAUCCAGCGCGUACUCGACAUUGUGGAUGAGUUGAAGGUCAAACCAAUCGUUUGGCAAGAGGUUUUCAACAACGGAGUAAAGAUGCACGAAGGCACAGCAGUUCAAGUCUGGACUGGCGCCUAUAAAGCUGAAAUGGCUGAUGUGACGGCCGCUGGACAUCCAGCUCUACUCUCUGCAUGCUGGUACCUCAGUGAAAUCACAUCAGGUGGUGACUGGCUAAAAUUUUACCGCUGUGAUCCUUUAAGUUUUAAAACAACCUCAUCUGAACAAUUGAAGCUCGUUCUGGGCGGAGAAGCUUGCAUGUGGGGCGAAUACGUUAACAAGAACAAUGUGCACCCUAGAAUAUGGCCACGAGCCUCCGCUACUGCCGAAAGACUCUGGAGUAACACUCGUCAAGACGACGAGACUGCUGCUCAACGGUUAGAGGAGCACGCAUGCCGUAUGAAUAGACGAAAUAUACCCGCUCAGCCACCUAACGGAUCCGGAUUUUGUAUUUCGUAGCUAUAAGAAAAUACAUGUUCUUUUAUUUUUAAUAAAUGAAACGUUUAUUAUUCAGACGCAAAUAA